AUGGUGGCAUUGACACAAGAAUCCAACACUAUAAUCCUACCAAAGAUGCGUGACCCUGGCAGUUUCACAAUACCCUGCUCAAUAGGAGGAAUUUAUAUUGGUCAAGCAUUAUGCGAUCUUGGGGCAAGCAUAAACUUAAUGCCCCUUUCGAUCUUCAAAAGACUGAAUGUGUUACAACUAACACCCACAACGGUGACUCUUCAACUCACUGAUAUAUCCUUGGUGCACCCUGAAGGAAAAUUAAAAGAUGUCCUGGUAACAAUAGACAGAUUCAUUCUACCUGCAGACUUCAUUAUAUUGGAUUAUGAGGCUGAUAAAGAUGUUCCAAUUAUAUUGGGACGACCAUUCUUUUCUACUGGUCGUGCCCAAAUAGAUGUGCACAAGGGUGAAAUCACAAUGAGCAUCAACGGAAAGAAGCUCAGGUUUAAUAUUAUCAAGGCAAUGAAGUUCCCAGAUGAGGAAGGCCUAUCAUAUUUUGAAGAUGAACAAACUUGCGUUGAAAAAUGGGAGUCCAAAGAAGAAAAUGAAGAAAGAGAGGAUGCGACAGCAUCCAAUGAGACUUGCCAUGCGAUAACAGAGAUGUUGAAGAACGAGGUAAUGCUGAAUUUAGAUGAAGAAAGAAAAGCACAGAAGCCCUCUUUAAAGCAACCACCUACACUAGAACUAAAAACUCUACCAACCCACCUGAAGUACAUAUUUCUCGGCCAGAAUGAAACUUUAUCAGUCAUCAUAUCCUCUGCGUUACCUGAAGAAAAAGAAACCGCGUUGCUCAGUGUUCUAAAGAAAUAUAUUAGAGCAAUCGGUGGACGCUCGCAAACAUCAGAGGUAUUAGCCCAACGUAUUGCAUGCAUCGAAUCCGGCUUUAAGAAAAUCAGAAGGGGUCAAUAG